CCCGUGGGCCCCCCGGGCCCUCCCGUGGGCCCCCCGGGGCCCUCCCGUGGCCCCCCUGGGCCCUCCCGUGGCCCCCUGGGCCCUCCCGUGCCCCUCCCGGGGCCCUCCCGUGGGCUCCCCUGGGCCCUCCCGUGGGCACCCGGGGCACCUCACGUGGGCCCCGCUGGGGCCCUUCCCGUGGGCCCCCGGGGCCCUCCGUGGGCCCCCGCCUGGGGCCCCUCCCGUGGGCCCCCCGGGCCCUUCCCGUGGGCACCCUCGGGGCCCUCCCGUGGUUCCGCUGGGGCCCAUCCCGUGGGCCCCUCCGGGCCAUCCCGUGGGCCCGGCCCUGGGCCCUCCCGUGGCCCCCUGGGGCCAUCACGUGGGCCCCCCCGGGCCCCUCCCGUGGGGCCCCUGGGGCCCUCCCGUGGCCCCCCGGGGCCCUCCCGUGGCCCUGGGGCUCUCCUUGGGCCCCGGGGCACCUCCCGUGGCCCCCUGGGGGCCCUCCGUGGGCGCGCCCCGGGGCCCUCCCGUGGGCGCCCCUGGGGCCCUCCCGGCCCUCCACGUGGGCCCGCUGGGGCGCAUCCCGUGGGCACACGGGCAACUCCGUGGGCGCCCCCGAGGGCCAUCCCGUGGUCACCCUGGGGCCCCCUCCCGUGGGCGCCCGGGGCCCUCCGUGGGCCACCCGGGGCCAUCCGUGGGCCCCCCGGGGCCCUCCGUGGGCCCCUGGGCCCUCCCGUGGGCCCCUCGGGGCCAUUCCCGUGGGCCGCCCCGGGGCCCUCCCGGUGGGCCCCCGGCGCCUCCCGUGCCGCCCAGGUGCCCUCCCGUGGGCCCCUGGCCCCUCCCGUGGCCCCUGGGGCCCCUCCCGUGGGCCCCCCCCCACGGGGCCCUCCCGUGGUCCCCAGCCCGGGGCACUCCCGUGGGCCCCCCGGGGCCCUCCCGUGGCGCCUGUGGGCCACUCCCAUACGUGGGCCCCUCGGGCCACUUCCCCGUGGGCCCCCCGGGCCCUCCGUGGAGCCCCCCGGGCCCUCCCUGGCCCUCCCAGGGGACCUCCCGUGGGCCCCCCUGGCCCAUCCGCGUGGCCCCCUGGGGCAUCCCGUGGGCCCUCGCCGGGGCCCUCAACCGUGGUCCACCACCGCGGCCCCUGCCCGUGGUCCCACCGCGGCCCCUCACGUGGCCCCGCCGGGGCAACUCCACGUGGGCCCCCCGGGCCCUCCCGUGGGCCCCCGGCCCUUCCCGUGGGCCGCCCCGGGGCACUCCCGUGGGCCCCCCUGGGCCCUCCCGUGGGCGCCCCUGGGGCCCUCCCGUGGGCCGCCUCGGGCCCCUCCCGUGGGCCCCGCCGGGGCCCAUCCGUGGGCCCCCCGGGGCCCUCCCGUGGGCCCCCCGGGGCCAUUUCCCGUGGGCCCCCCGGCCGCCCUCCGUGGCCCCGCCGGGGCCCUCCGUUGGCCCCCGGGCCCUCCCGUGCCCCCCCGGGGCCCUCCCGUGUGCCCCGGGGCCACUCCCGUGGGCCCCCCCGGGGCCACUCCCGUGGCCCCCGGGGACCCUCCCGUGGGCCACUGGCCCUCCGUGGGCCCCCGCUGGGGCCCUCCCGUGGGCCCCCCCGGGGAACUCCCGUGGCCCCCGGGGCCUCCCGUGCGCCCCUCCUGGCCUCCGUUGGCUCCCCCGGGGCCCUCCCGUGGGCCCCCUGGGCCCUCCCGUGGCCCCCUGGGCACUCCGGUGGCCUCUGGGGCCCUCCCGUGGGCCCCCGGGGCCAUCCCGUGGGCCCCCGGGCUCCGUCCCGUGGGCCCCCACGGCGCUCCUCCCGUGGCGCCCCCGGACGCCCUCCC